AUGGGGAUAUGUUUCUCAAGAAAAUCAACAAGAGCAACGAGAAUUUACUCGAAAAGGAUAGCGAACCAAUCCAGUGCAUCGAUCAACAAAAGUUCAGUUAAUCGAUGGUCUCGCGUUCGAUCUUCUUCUGUUAAGAAGGAGAAGUUUGAUGAUGCUCUUCUUCACGAGCAAGCCAUCGCUGCUGCUCUUCUCUUCCAGCAACACCAGCAGAACGGCGAUUACCUGCCUCAUUUUGAUCGAUCAACUUCCAUUCGGCAUCCUCCUGGUGGCGCCAACUCCAAAUGCCAGCAAGUUGUUUCUCGGAGUUCUAGUACUAGGCGUAGAUCGGUUACCGAUCCUAUGCCUCCUCCUCACCUUAUUCAGGAGGUGAAGCAUGAUGAAUUGGAGACCAGUCAUAUUGUUCUUGUUCAUGGAGGUGGUUUUGGAGCCUGGUGUUGGUAUAAAACAAUUGCACUUUUACAAGAAUGCAAAUUCAAAGUUACUGCAAUUGAUUCAAGUGGUUCUGGAAUCAAUCAGUUUGAUGCAAAUGCCAUCGGAAGUCUCUCACAACAUGUGAAGCCACUCACAGAUUUUCUGGAGAAGCUUGCGGAUGGAGAAAAGGUGAUUUUGGCUGGCCAUGACUUUGGUGGUGCGUGUAUAUCAUACGCAAUGGAGCUAUACCCAUCUAAAGUUGCAAAAGCUAUCUUCAUUGCUGCUUCGAUGCUGAAAACUGGUCAAAGCACUCUUGAUAUGUUCUCCCACAAGGAAAAUACAAAUGAUUUGAUGAGGCAAGCUCAGAAGUUUUUGUACGCGAAUGGGAACAAUCAACCUCCAACUGCUAUCGAUCUUGACAAAUCGCUUCUGAAGGACCUUUUAUUCAAUCAGAGUCCUGCUAAGGAUGUGGCUUUAGCAUCGGUCUCGAUGAGGCCAAUUCCCUUUCCACCUGUUCUCGAGAAGCUCUCACUUUCCGACUCGAACUACGGUUCCGUCAGACGGUUCUACAUAGAAACCCCCGAAGACAAUGCCAUACCCAUCACUCUCCAACAGAGAUUGAUCAACGAAAACCCACCUGAAAAGGUCUUCCGUCUCAAAGGUGCCGAUCACUGCCCAUUUUUCUCCAAGCCUCAAGCCCUACAUAAACUGCUGGUCGAGAUCGCCAAAAUCAAAUAAAACCGAAUGACGUUUUCGUGAUCGUUUAUACCUCCACAACCAACAUCAUCCGGCAAAACGACAAAUGUUCGUCUCGACUCCAUGUGCCGAUCGUUGCCGGUAUCGACAAGUUGUUGGUUAA